AUGUCUUCGGUAGCAAAGAUCAUUUGGAUCUUUCUGACAAUUCAAUGGACUCUUAUUUUAAUUACAGAAGCCCAAAACGUUCAUUUCAAUUUCCCUCCCUUUGAUGACGAUAUCCAAUUACUGGAACACGCUCAUCGUUCUGAGUUUGGGCAAGGAAUUGAACUGACAAAGAGUACGCUUCACGACGAUUUCGACUGGAGCAUGGGUUGGGCGGUUUACAGAAGACCAGUUGAAAUAUGGAGCAAAUCUUCUGGGGCCCUUGCAAGCUUUCAGUCCUACUUCCAGUUCAAAGUAUACCGUGGAACCCCAACCAAAAUGGACUAUUAUGCUGAUGGCCUUACAUUCUUCAUGGCUCCUUUGGGAUCUCAACCACCACAAAACGGAGCAGGUAUGUGGCUUGGACUGUUAAAUAGUACAACCAACGGUAAACCAUCAACCCAAAAAUUUGCUAUUGAAUUUGAUACUUUCAAGAACGCAAUAAUAGAUGAAUACUAUGGAGUCAAUGCCAGUGAUCCGGAUGAUAAUCAUGUGGGGAUAGAUAUCAAUAGUAUCACUUCUGUGAAGACUGUUUCUUUGUCUCACAGGCUUAACAGUGGAGGAACUUGGUGUUUGAUUAUGAAGAGCGAGUAA